AUGAACUUAUCCCUCCAAGAUCCAUUCUCGGUGGCUAAAGAAUUUCCUGAAACAUUAACCAAUACAUUAAAUUAUGGUCAUUCAGUAGCAAUCCAAUUCAACCACAAGGGCGAUUAUUUAGCAUCGGGAUUAUCUGAUGGAUCAAUAGUCAUAUACGAGAUGGUCUCCAGCGGGGUGAUAGCUCAUUUAAACCAAUACUGUCAUAUAAGACCGAUCACUUCAAUUACAUGGUCUAAAUGUGGAAGGUAUCUAUUGACUUCUUCACAGGAUUGGUGGGUCAAGUUAUGGGAUUUGAGCAAAGUGAAUAUAACUGAUGCAAAAGAUAUUGAUGAGUCACCAGUUAUCAGAGAAGUUAAAUUUGAUGGACCAAUAUGGCUGGCUUGUAUGCAUCCCACAAACCCGUUUGUUUUCACUGCUUCAUUGUUUGAAGAUUCACCCGUUUAUGUGGAUUUUACAGCAAAAGAUCAACCACCCCAGAUUACUAGAUUGACAACGACACCUCUAGAAAUGAACGAACCAACAGAAGGCGACGAUGAAGAGGAAAUUGCCAGAAAAAGAAGAAAGAAGAUGGAAAAACACAUGACAUUGGUUCUGAUUUUUACUCAUGAGGGUAAUUAUAUUUUUACAGGUACCAGCAAAGGAUGGUUAAAUAUAUUUGAUACUACAUCGAGUAACUUAAAUUUGGUCCGUUCGAUAAAAAUAGCCAACUCCAAUAUAAAGAAUUUAAUGAUAUCCCAGAACGGUAGAAAGCUAGCUGUCAAUUCAUCUGAUAGAAUAAUACGACAGAUUGAUCUACCUGAUUUAAUCAAUGUGGAAGAUUCCAACGAUUGGGAUUUUGAAAUCGAUCAUAAAUACCAAGAUGUGGUGAAUCGAUUACAAUGGAACUCAAUAUCCUUCAAUCACAAUGCUGAGUUUUUAGUUGCAUCAACCCAUGGUCAGUCCUCUCAUGAUCUAUAUCUUUGGGAAACAUCGAUGGCAUCAUUAGUGAAAAUCUUAGAAGGGUCCAAUGAAGAAUUAGUAGAUGUCAAAUGGAACUAUUCUCGUUGUACAAUAGGAUCAAUUGGACUAGACAGUGGGAUAAUAUAUCUUUGGUCAGUACAAUUUCCUCAGAAAUGGAGUGCCUUGGCCCCGGACUUUGUUGAAAUUGAAGAAAAUAUCGAAUAUUUAGAAAAGGAAGAUGAGUUUGAUAUUAUCGAUGAAGAUGAGCUACAUAAGAAACGAUUGGAAGAAGAGGACUAUGUUGCUGAUGUGCUAAAGAUGGACACAACUGAUGCUCGAGGCUUUGAUAUAACUCAGGAUUCAUUUAUUAUUCCCAUCAAUUAUGAAAAGAACUUCUAUGAAUAA